AUGCCUCCCAAGCGUACAGCACCCUCCACAGCCGCAAAUCAGGCUAAAAAGGCCAAGACCGGAGCUGACCCUAAAGCUCCUCCGAGGAGCAAGCGCUGGUCAGCCGUCUCCGGCUCCGCCAAUGCAGACGCCGAAUAUAGACAGAUUGCUUCAAAGAACCCCGAUGAGUUCUUCUCUUUCAUGUGCACUUGCCCGCCUCGUUUUGCCGGCGGGAAUGAUGGCGACGAUGACAGCGAAGACGAAGAAAACGAGGACGAGGACGAUGAUGACGAGAACGAAAACGAAGGUGCUGGCCGUAGCGGUGGCUGCGGCCGUCCCAACUGCAAGUGCCAUAAACCCGCAAGCGAGCAUCCUGACCACCCAUGGAUCAUUACGAAAGCCGGAUACCGCAAGUUGUUGACAAUGCAGAUCCUCGUUACGCUCCGAGACCCUGAUAAUUUCUCCAUGUACACAUAUAACGAUCAUGCUGCAUAUGGAGCCAUGGAGGUGGUGGAGAAUAUGAUACUUGACUUCGUAGAAGGCGCUCAUAGUUGGAAGGAGCAGUGGAUUGUGUGCGAAGCCCUGGCGCAAUUUAUACUUCGCGAAAUUGGCCCAUUCGUGAUGAUCGACGACGGUGAACGAGUUGCUGUCAUGGUUCGUCUUCUCGGCACCAUGUUUCUCACCAUGCUUGCUCGCCUAGAACGCGAGAACCUUCUAGCCGAAGGGUCCGAGGUUAAGGACCUAGGCGUCGUUAUGGCGCUAUGGGUGAAAAUUGCCUCUAACAUGCGCCGUGACGACAUCCUGGAUGACGACCGAGAAGAUGAGGCUGGAUCAAAAGCGCAAGGCCUGACCUUCAACGCUUCUGAAUUUGACAAUUAUAUUCUUGCCUACGCAGACAAGUUUGGCAUUCCUUUGAAAGGUCCCAAGGACAUCGAGGAGCUGCUGUCGCAGUGCGAUGGCGGCAUCAGCUUGCCCGCAGGCACCGACAAAAAGAAUGACCCCUGGGGAUGGGCGGCAGCACUGAAAAAAUACGAAAGUGACUACGGAACAGGCCGUGCUGGUAAGCCCAAGAUUGGGGGGGAUCAACUGGAUAUCACCACGUGGACCAGCGCCCAGCGAAAGGAGGCGAGCUUCGAUAACAAAGAUCCACUAGCAAAAAAAGACAUCGAAGCAAUCAAGAAGGGAAUGGUAAUCCAGCUCGCAUGA